CAAGAUCAACUUUUUUCAAAGAAGAGAAAUUCGUUAGAAGUAGUCAAAAAUUUCAGGUCAGUUUGGAAGAUAGGAGCAUGAGUUCUCCAGGCCUGAGGUCACACAUUGGUUCUCCAUCCAGCUUUGAGGCAGCCUAUGUGAGACAAUUGGAACAGCAUUACGACAUUGAUGUAGACAUAUCAGACAGCAGCUCACACAAAAGGACUGCAUUUAAUACUGCAAUGGGGCUAACAAAUUCCUCGCCAUCUAAAAGACAAGCCACCAAUGGAAACAUUCCAAAAUCUCCCAAUAAAGAGACCUCACUGAAAUUGGAGAAAAUCAUAGAAAUGAAAAGGAACUCAGAUCCUAACCCGCUACAUUCGAGUGACUUACGAAACAUCAUAAAUAUGAGGAAAAGAAAAGUGGCUGAGGCUGAAGAUGCCUCCAAAGCGAAACCAAAGAAACGCAAAAUAAACAAUGUAAGUAGGCUUCAUGUAGGUGUUGAAGAAAAUGACUAUUUACCUGUUGGUAAGGCUUUUUCUGAAGCUUCGAUAAAUGGGGUUAUACAGCCUAGGAAAAUGGAGGAGAAGCAGCCAUUUUCUGUUGCAUUUGGCUCCCAGCCGAGCAUUGUUUCCAAGCAAAGUGCAAGAGAUUUCACAGAGAUUAAGGAUUUGAAUACUAUGUAUUCUUUUGCGGAUGAAGAAAUCUCGUUUAAAACGCCAUGUACCUAUGAGGGAAAAGCCCACUCCAGUCCUGUGAAAAGUAGUGUGUUAGAUCCUAGUCUGCUUGAUCAGAAUUUAAACAAAAUUUCAAGUUGUAUUAAGAGUGAAAACUUACAACAGUUGUAUGGCAAGAAGCUUAAACACACAAGUCCAGACUCUAGUCCUUUCAAAGGCAAAUUGAGUGCUUUUGAAAUCUCGUUAUUGAAAGGCCGGCAAAAUGUAGAAAGGCGCAAAAGCAUGGAAUCGGCAAAUAUAAGAUCCUCGCCUAGAGCUGUAAGAUUGGGUGGACAUAGGCCAAAUUACAAUGAAACAAAAACCUACAAACGGAAGUUAUCUUUAACAAAUGAAGUAGAUAGUGAAUCUCUGGCGCAAUUUGGGAAAUUUAGUCCUCUUCGUCGUAAGAGUGGAAAAGGAAAAGUCCUUCAAGAAAAAAAUGAAAAGAAAACAAAACACAGAAGAACAAUUUCUGGUGACAAGGUGAAAUGGCACAACACUGAAUCAAAAGUUAAAGAGAAGAUUGAGAGGAGAGGUAGACCAAGAAAAACCUCAUUAGAUUCUUUAGUUACAGACAGGAACAUUUCUACACAUUCUGGUAAAGGCAGAGGAAGCAUUUCAAGAGUAAAAGAAGAUAAACAGACUGGUAACAAAGUUACGUACAGAAUGAAUGGUUUUAGGAAGCGGCAGAGCCUGCCAGAAGUUUUGACCUUGAAAAGCUUGAUGUCUAACUCAGGGACACAAGACAAUAAUCAGGGAAAACCAUCACGCUCAUACAGAAAACUCCAUGCUGAAUCUAUCUCAGGUACUCCACCCCCCAUACAAAGCCACUCCGUAGAUGAGCCCAUCCCAUCUUCAUCAUCGUCGACCCAGGCAUCAGCCAGCUCAAAACGACCACUCUCACUGCCAAUCCAAGGCCUUAAACAAAGUCCAGGUAAAUCCACCAGUAAAAUUAGCAUUAAUGAUGAUGGCCUCGGGGAGUCGUCGUCAUGCGAGAAAACCUUGCGAAGAAGGAAAAAGGAUAGAAAUUACUCUGAAUCUGCUGAUACUAAUGAUAAACAUUUGCAUUCAAUGGUUGAAGAAACUGAAGAGAAUAAUCAAAAAGUAGGUGGUGAAAGUUCUUCAGAAAGAGGUUUGGGUGCAGCAAAGGCGUCCUUAGGUCAUAAGAAGUGCAAGAAGCUGUCUUUGGAGGAGACGGUGAACAUGUUGCGAAAGUCGUCCGCCAACAAAUACAAGGAUCUAGUCCAAAACAAGAACAACCUCUCCCCAAGCAGGUCUGAGAGAUCUUCACGCCUGUCAUCUCGUUCAUCUACUCCUAGCGUUACGCCAGUUAAGAGCGUGAAUGUCCUCACACCUAGCAGCGAGCCAUCCACUCCGGAAAAAUCCCUGUCAGGGGAGUUAGUCCCAUACAAAAAAAAGAAGGGCAAGCCGUAUUUGUUUGCGAAAGGUGACGAUGUGUCAGCUCGCUGGCAUGAUGGCCGGUUCUACCUUGGCAAGAUACUCAAAAUUGAUGAUUCUAACCAGAGGUGCCUGUUGAGGUACGAUGACGACUCAGAGUACUGGUCACUCUUCAAGGACAUACACAGAGUAUUGGAGGAUGAUGAGAUGAUAUGCUGUGUAUGUCUGGGAGAGACGUCAGAAAAACCCAAUGAGAUUGUUCUUUGUGAAUACUGUCUGCAAGGUUACCACCAGCAGUGUCACAGGCCCGAGAUUGAGGAUGACACGAUUGCUGACCCCAACGACCCCUGGUUGUGUAGGAACUGUGUAUUCCUGAGUACGGUCAGGCUGGGUGGGGCGAUAAAGACUGGCAAACUAGCCCUAGAGCUAAAGAAGAUGAAGCAGGUAUUGCCGUAUGAUCUGAACAGCCUGACGUGGGACGCACAGCACAAAAACAACAUUGACCAGAGCUACUGUUACUGUGGUGCACCUGGAGUUUGGUACCAGAAGAUGUUGCAGUGCUGUAGAUGUAAGCAGUGGUUCCAUGAAGCGUGUAUGCAGUGUCUGGACUACCCACUGAUGUUCUCGGACACGUUCUACAUCUUUGUGUGUGCUCCCUGUAACUAUGGCAACGAGUACAUCAAGAGGUUGGAUGUAGAGUGGUUGGAUAUACUGCACAUUUGCCUGUUCAACCUGGCGGUGGUGAAUCGACGCAAGUACCACAAUUUGGAAACUGAGGUUAUAGGCUGGCUUGACGAUAACUGGGACGCUCUUCAGAUAUCUAAGUACAAUGACCUAUCAGACCGGGAGAGACAGAAGAUCAUAGAGGAGACUCUGGAGGCUCAUAAAGACAGGUUCAAAAAUGCCUCUGAGUUUCGCCAGAGCCAAACGCUGUGGGGUUUGCGUGUGAAGGUACCACCCCCUCGUAUCCAUGUGACUUUGCCAAGCAACCAAGAAGUAACGGACCAAAUGGUUGCUAAGCACAAGAUCAAAGGUCGAAGGUCGAAAGUCUUGUAUGUUGAGAAUGUGUCUCCAGUGAACAAGCUGACAGAUAGUCCAAUACAUAGGGACAUAGCAGCAAAGAAAAAGAUAAAGCUAGAGCAGGAUCACCAGUCGCCGUCCAAAUCACGGAAACUUAAGAAGUCAGUGCCUUUCCUUGACCGAUUCAUUCCUCACGACGAUCUCGGUACUCUCAGCUGGGAGAAUCAUCCAUUCCUUCAUCCGGUAGAAAGCAAUGUCCUCAAGGCUGAGAACGAAGUAAAGAGAAAGAUAUGGGCGAUAUAUCGGAAGAUGGCGGAAGUUAAGGUCGAAAAUGAGGAUGUCGAGAGUAAUUGUACGGAAGAUGGUCCGCCAGUUUUGGAGAGAGUGGAGCCACUUGUUCUGAAUAGCAAUUGUAGCACCACUCCUCCGAUGCCCGAAAUUAAGGACAAGAAGCCUGGUCGGUUGUCCCUACAGCCACCUGAUGCUUUGGAGAAGUUUGACGCAAAGAAUUUGAAAAAAGAUGUGAAGAUAAAUGUACGGCAUAGUAGGAAGGUAAAGUCGCGAGUCAGUGCGCCGCCUGUCCUUAACGUGAAAGAUGAGGAGAAUGAAAUCUAUGUGAAAUGCAUGAGAGAGUAUAAGAAUUAUUUUUGUGCAUUUGAUAAAAAUGGAUAUUUGAAUGGGUUUUAUUUGACUGGAAAGCAAAUUAACUCAGAGGGGGAUAUUCAUUAUCUCGUAAAAUGGGACCAUUAAGUGUAAUUUGUGUAUACAUGGAACAUAUUGAGUGAUUUGGCUGCAUUAGGCCAGAGAAGAAUGAAUUUAGAUGCUGUUGUCCGAAAACACCACCCUCAUUUUAUUUAUUUACAAAUAUGUUUUUUCUGUUAAGAAUUGGUUUAAAAUUUGGGAACUGGACUGCUUGCUGUGAUCAUUGGUUCAGAAAAUAGAUAAAACAAGAAAAUAAGCCAUCCUCCCAAGAUUGUGAUACGGUCCAUUCUGUCUAAACAUGCAACCCACUUCAGGAAGGCAAAGUAAAGAUAUUCUUUAGGGAAGGUUCCUUUUCUCAUUUCUUUCUUCUAAUAAAGGUUGAUAGGCCAGUUUGAAAGCGCCCUCCUGGUGUGGGUUGCAGGUUUAAAAUGGAAAAUCCUUUAAGCUGCACUCUCACUUAAUUACUGAUUUUACAACUUAAUUAUUUUUUGUCUUGGAAUGAGCCAAUUUUUGUGUAUAUAUCUGAAGACCAGUGAUAUAAGACUGCUGACUAAAGAUUAGCUCACAGUUUUUCAUAUUUCUAUUCGCAAAUUAAUGUUUUAUGGCUAAAAACAUUACUAACUCUUUAAGAAAAAUGCAUAAAACUUCAAUUUUUGAACAUAAAUAUGAAAACCUGCGAUAUGAUUUUUUUUUCAAUAGUCUUGUAUCACUGGUUACAAUAAAAAAAUUCGCCAAAAAUGGCUUGUUCAAAAAACGAGAUAUAAAAAAAGUUUUUAAACAGUCAUUUUGUGAGAGUGCAGCUUUAAACAAAAAGAUAUUUUUCUCUAGCCUUGAAAUCAGUGAAUGCAUUACAAGAUACAAGAAUUUUUAUUUGAAGUUGGGUAUAUGAUACCGGGAUAACAAGAAACAUUAGCUCAAUGAGCUAUUUUCUGACAUGAAUAACAAACAUACAUAUCAUAUCAAAACAUGAGCUGGUGACCAAGAAAUAAAAGCAUAUAGUUUUAAAUAGGUACAAUAUUGGAACAAUUAUUGACAACAGAUGUUUGUUAUUAUAUUCAUGAAUACAAUUACAAAAAGUAAUAUGGUAAAGAGCUCUGUGUACAAGGAUAGCAUCAACUAGUUUUCCCUGCUGUACGGCCACUGAGCCCACAUGUUAGUUCCUCUAGUUGACAUACCACUGUUUAAUGGUUAGUUCUUUCAAGAGUAUAAAUUAAGGUUAAUUGUAUGCAUUUGUAACAGAAAAUUCUAAGUAGCAUCAUGUCCAUGAGAAUUACAGCAUGGUACAGUGAUAUGUAGUUGGUAAAAAUGUUAGAAUUAAUGUAGCUUGCUAGAAAAAAGUAUUUUGAAAGUAUUGCUAAGGGGAGGUACUUAGUUUAUCAUGUAAUUCAAAUGCUACUAGAUUUUGCUGAUAUUAUCAGAAACAGUAGCGUACAAGGGCAUGGUUAAUCCUAUCAGCUCCUAAUGUAUGCUUGAGCUGCAUUUUGAAAGUGCUAACUCCUAUGUAUGUAUGAAUCUCUUUGCUGUAUUUGUAACCUUAAGCUAUUCUGAAGAAAUAAUUUCUGACUGAUGUUUUAGUUUUAAAAAAUAUAUAUAUUUGUAGACCUUCAGAAGUUUUCAAUUCAACACAAUACUUUUGGGCGACUUCACAAAUAGUUUGAAUUGAGAUUUUGUAAUUAUGAGUAGAAUUUUAAUUGAUAUGGUUUAUGGUUAAUUAUUGUAUAAUGCUAUUUUGUCUUGACUUUUAAGUUGUAAAAUGUAUGUAUAUAUGAAAUGAGGUCUGCCAUAAGAAGAUACUCUAAAGCAGCUUAUUUUAAGUAUUGUGACUAUUCAGUUAUUAUUGUAUGUCUUCAAAAAUAGGUGGUGCCACAGUUACAGAGCUAAGAAUUUUUAUUAAAGGGUGGCGUCUGAGCAUUGCUUCUUGGAUUUGGUUCGGAAAUCCAAUCUGGCCCAACUUUGUAAAAGUUAUUUGUUUUUAACAAGACCAGCCAGACUUACUCCUAACUUCAUUGUGGACUGAAAGUUGAGUUCGGCCAAUUUUUCGCGUAUAUGUCUGGAAUCCAAUGAUAUAAGACAGCUGACAUAAAAUCAGAUCACAGUUUAUCAUAUUUACAUUCGAAAACUAAUGUUUUAUGGCUAAAAGUGUUACUAAUGCUUUAAAAAAAAAAAUUGCGAUCUGUUCUAUUGUGAAUUGUCUCAUUUGACUGAAUUGAAGGCAUUGUUGCCAAAAUCAACUGAUUCAGAGACCAAUAAUUUAAAAAGGUUCUAAACUGACUAUCUGUGAGUGCAGCUUUAAUACUAGGGUUUAUAAGCCAUGUAGAAAAAGAAAGGAUCAUUUUAUAGUGAUUCUUCAAUAAGCAAUUGUUAAAAACUGCGAAAAAAAUCAUGUUACUAUAGUGUUCCAACUAUUAGCUGUAUAUUUUGUACAUUCUUUCUAGCUGUAUGUUUUGUUUUUAAUUCUUGUUCUAUUUUAUCCUUUAUAAUUUUAUAAUCUUCUGUUUUUUCUCUCGCUGUAUGUGAUCUUUGUUAAAAUGCAUAGUUCUUAUUAAGCCUCGGAUGUGAAAUACUGUUGCCAAACUUACAAAAUGAUCAUUUUGGUGAGUAGAAAGUGAAAAUUCUUGAGAGAAAGUGAAAUUUACCACGUACUACCACUACUGUUCGCAAAAAAACAAGGCAAAUGGUGUUUAUGAACCAGUUUAAGAAAAUAUGAUCAUGAAACUGCUGGUUUGUAAUGCCCAAACUGUGUCUUUGGGCAUUCAGUUUCAACUAUUUAAUAAGUUCCAUUCAUAACUGUGCGGUUCUUGCAUGUGUAAUUUAAAGUUAUGAUUAAAUUGGCUUGUUGAAGUGUUACAAAGCUAAGCAUUCAAGGUAGUUCCUUUAGAGAGGCUGUACUCGAGCAAUUAUAUUUUUUCUAUGAUAUGAUCAUAAAAGAGUUGCACUUUUUUCCCUCAACAAGCAAAUACUUUACUGACAACAACUGUCCACAUUCAACAUUGAUCUAAAGCUGGCUAAAAUAUUUAUCAAGUUCUGCUUUAAUAAGUGAUAAGACUUCAUGAAAUAAGAUAUUGAAGCAUGUUAUCCUUGUGAUUUUUGCGAGAAAUUGGGGCCUGUCUCUAAUCAUUACUAUUUUAAGCUCCUUAAUGUGUACUUAGUGUUUAACAUUAUAUUUUGUCCAAUGGGAUGGCAGUAUUUCUCAAAUUCACACUCCAUUUAUUUUGUAAAUCAGCUGUCAGUCGUCAAUGACAAUAACCAGAUACAUGGUUUGGCCAGUAAACAAGAUAUAAUUUUGAACACUAACCUUUACUAAUUUUGAGGUACAUACCUCAAAGAGAUCCCUUUCUUGGCAUUAUUGGUAUAAUAUACCAAGUGCAGAACAUGAAAUGAAGUUGUACAGGAUGAUUGUAUUAUCGACAAUUUGUGAAACUGGAACAAUUAUUGAUGAUAGUGUAUUUUUGUGGUUUGUAUUGUGACGCAAAUGUGAUUAAUGUUAGAACUGUUUCGUUUUUCGCAAUUUUAAAUGUACAAUUCAUGGUAUUGUACUUGUUCAUUAAAGGUACAUCGCA